UUGGCUGUUGACAUCAGAGCACGCUCUGCUGAAACUCCACCUCACUCUCACGCUCGUUUGAAAGUUUAAGAGCUGUGCGUAAAAGUUCGGCUUCACUAGAAGUAUGGACCCAAAUCUUCUCUGCUAUGAUUUUUAGUUUCCCUUAAAUUCAGAAUCACUCCAAUUUGGAUAAUACAGAAGAAAGAAAGAAAGAAAGAAAGAAAGAAAGAAAGAAAGAAAGAAAGAAAAAGAUUUUAUGGCUUCAGACCCUGAAAAUGACACUUACCAAUGGCAGUCCACCGUCUCUAGAGGAUCUCCUACAACAUCUGCGAUUAUGUUUUCCGCCGGUGUCCUUGGGAACGUGGUCGCCCUAAUUCUCUUGGAAAUACGGCGGAGGAAACAUCCCGCAUCUUUGUUCCAAGUCCUCGUCACAUCUUUGGUCUUUACAGACUUGCUGGGAACUUUCUCCGUCAGUCCACUGGUUUUAACUGCGUACUUGAGGAAUGAAUCUUUGAUCGGAAUGAGUGAAAGCGGACUAGUUUGCCAAUACUUUGGAUACGCCAUGAUUUUUUUCAGUAUGGUCACUCUAGCCAUUCUUCUCUCCAUGGCAGUGGAGCGCUGGCUUUCCAUAGGACAUCCUUACUGUUACGAGAAACGCAUGAGUAAACGCUGCGGGUACAUCACCAUCGCUCUCAUCUACCUGUUUUGCGCUCUUUUCAGUGCCACACCUUUCUUCGGGUUUGGGGAAUAUGUUCAGCACUUUCCCGGUACGUGGUGCUUCAUUGACAUGCACCCGUCUAAGAGAGAGCAAAAAGUGUUCAAUAUCAUCUACGCGUCUUGUUUGCUCAUCAUGAUUGUGUGUACGGUUUUGUGCAAUGCGUCCGUCAUCUAUCAUCUUUCUCUCAUGUACCGAAGACGCAAGGCGCACCGGAGCUCUGUGCGACGGCAGCGAGGACACAAGAGGAGGCAUCGAUCCAUCGCGAAGGAGGUUGAACAUCUUGUGCUGCUCGGUUUCAUGACAAUAGCAUUCGUCAUCUGUUCUCUUCCUCUUGUGAUUCAAGUGUACAUCAGCAUUUGCUAUGGCCCUUAUAAACAUAAUCUCAUAGCCCUUCUUUUAGUAUCGGCCAACCCCAUCAUAGACCCCUGGGUCUUCAUCAUCCUCAGCCCCCCAGUGCCUCGUCUGCUCUGGGACAAGAUGUGCAAGACUGCAAAGUUCAAACCCACCCAGGAGAAGGUCCGUAGCAUUCAUCCAGUCCUGUAUCAGUCAAACCUACCUGGCGAUUCGGGAGGCAGUGUGAUGAAAGUUUACACAGGAAUUCCUGGAACUCCCGGCUCCUGAUCUCUUAAACCUCUCUGCGUUGUGGGAAAGAUUAAGGAGAGAUUGCUCACUCAAAUAAUCAAAAUAACAUAUACUGAAGAUCCGGGUCACUGGAUACCUAAACAGAUGGAUCUGAGACCUGAGGAUGAAAGAGCUGUGUGGUGUUGCACCUAUAAUUUCACGGAGAACGUAAAAGAGUAUAUAUAUAUAUAUAUUUUUUUUUUUAGAAAAGCAAACUUAUUUAUUGUCUUUAUUUAUGGACACUAAAACAUUUUUAGUGUUUUAGACUGGAAGGAAAAUAAGUGUUUCUUUAUUAGCAGGAAACCCAUUGUUUGAUAUAAAUAAACAUUUACAGGGUGAAAUGUAGAGCUGUACUUCCUGUUUCAACUGCAUGCCUUUCUUAGUGUGACUUCACGCUUCAUUGGUUUUGUUUUCUACGUACCGUUGCAAAUAUAUGCAGGACUGGAUCAUGUCAUAGCAAGUCAAUUCGUUGUGAAAGAGCCAGACAGCUCGACUAACUGUGCAACAGUCCCAUGACUGAAGAGUUAUUUGGAGGGAAGGUGAAACAGGCUAAACUGAGGAAAUGAAAGUUUGUCCAUUGUUUUUGAUCAAUCUGUUCAAUAUGUUUGAAUCUCCUGACAUUGCCUGAUAUUUACACAGUGGUUACAAGAUGGUUUUAAAAUAAAGUUACGGUUAGGAAA